AUGGCGUCGAGUACCGUGGUGGAUGCAGUGCAUCGCCUUGUCGACCCUGUAGCGCCAGGAGCUUCACGCGAGACGCGGCUGGCUUUGCUGACGAAUCUCACACCAUGGCUCGCGGAGUUGAAACGUAUGAAUCGUGACGCAUAUGACGCGCAAGCGCAACGUCACAUGGACGUGGCAGAGGCACGACAGACGAUGGACGAUGCUGCACGUACGUUGGAAGUGCACCGCUUUGAAGCAUCGGCACUUUGCGAGCAAAUUGAGGCGUGCCGUGACCUGGCCUUGGUUUAUGAGCAACUGCCUGUAGCUGCGGAAUCGAUGGAUGAGGCGCUGGAUACGCAAGCGAAGCAUACGCUCAUGCUUGAGCGGCUCCAGAGCGACUUGGAUGAGCGACGACGUAUGGAGCAAGAAGAGAAAGCGCUCCGCGAGCAAUUGGCGCAACUGGAGACGCAACGGAGUGCCUCGCACCAGACAUUGACGCAGUUGGAACGCGAUAUGUAUACGCUAUGGAAGUCGCUACAACGCCAUACCUCAACGCCGACCGCUGCACCAUGA